AUGCAGAGAGGUCGCUUCAUUCCGCAACCUGUCCCGGAGGCCACACAACAUGGAUCACAGUUCGGCGGGGAUGACACCGCCACCGAUGGCCCGGCCGUGGGCACCCGCCGCCACUUCCCCGGGUGCUGGAUGACGAUGCCGCUACAGCCUCCUCCGCCGGAGACCUCGCGACGCUCGCUGAGCAGGUGGCCACUCCAGGACCUGCGCAACAGCAUUCAGCAAAACGAACGAUCGUUAAGCGUCCUCCAGGAAGUCCGCGCAGCGAUGGCGUCGACCUUGGGGAGCGGUCCCCAUGACAUGUCGCAAGCUCGUCACGCCCUGGUUGAAGAAGUGGAAUUCUUGAAAGCCACGUUUCAACGGGCCUUGGAUGUGGCCCACACGGAACGGGAUGGGACCAACGACUUGCUACAAGAGGCUCAAAAGUCGCUCCGGACCUUAGAGCAAGGACAACACGACCUUCGGCAGCAACGCGACCAGGUCCAAGCCAGGCUGAGCAACCAGCGGGCAGAACGCCGGGAUCUGGCGAGCCAGUUGACGGCCCAAACAGAGAAGGUCACCGAGCUGGAGAGACGAGUACAAGAGGCAGACCAGGCCAUGGAAGUCAUGACCGCUGAUGUGAUCGACGCUCGGGGCUACAUUACGCAUUCAGCCAGGUUGGUCGCCGGGAAGGAAGGGGUUGUCAAGCUGGCGCUUCAAAACAAGUCGUUGGUGGUUGCCGAGAUGUCGGACCUUCGCCGCAGCCUCGAGGCGCGUCAGGAUCGGGACCGAGCUCUCACCACGGCGGAAGAACUUCAGGAACAACUCAGAGUCGCCCAAGCCCGCAUCGCGCAACUCGAAGCGCAACCUCUUCGUCUUUCCGCUAGCAACCUGGCUUGGGACAUCCUGCUGACCGAGAACCAAGACCUCCGGGAGGCGGCGAAGACUCAGAAAGCGAGGGCCAAGGACUCCCGCGUUAGAAACAAGAACCCCCGGGGCUAUACCGAGACCUUCCAGGCCGACGCAUUGCAAACGUUGGGGGCCUUGGAGUUGGAGAAAUUACUUCGGGAGAAACAAGCCAGCGACGAUCUCGGGAAGAAGCUUCAGGCGUUCCAAGAGAGCGAGCGGACAUCGGCCACAGCCUUGUUGCAUGCCAACGAGCACUUUCAAGAUGCCGUCCCGUCGUUUUGGGAUUGGGUCGCACAACAUUUGCUGGUGUCAGAGGCCGCCGGCGUGGCGCCACUGAUAGAGGCGUGGACCUUGAGUAAUCCGGAUCACUUCAAGUCCUGCAACGAGAGCGUAGGCGUCAUUUCCACCAAGGCCACGCGCGGUUUGACGGAGCACCUGCUUAGGCGAGUCUGGGUCCCGACGUUCAGUGCUUGGGUGACUAACGCUCAAGAGCCAAGUCAGCACCCGUGGCCAGUGCUGGUUUCUUCAGCGGCUUGA